GCGGCUCAUCAGGAUUUGAGAAACGACUGUCGUCAACACUUCAACAUCACCGCACUGAAGUGAUCCGCUAAGCAGUGCAUGCUGAACUUUCUGCUGUUCAUUGGAAAGUGGGACCAAGAGAACAAAACGGAUAUUCACAAGUCAGCCUUCAGUUUCUUUUCGUUUUAUCGCACACGGACUCAGCAGCACGCGGUUUUCCUUCUUUUUUGGUCAAUGAAGUCCCACCAAGUGUGGGACGGAGAAGCGACGGCGGCCUUGCAUUAGAAGAAACGCUCCAAACUUUUGCGAAUUAAUUUCUGAGCGGCUUGAAGUGACGGACUUUGAUUUUCCCAGCGGCGUGUUUGGAGUCGAGCUGGGUUGGCAGAAAUGGGGGCGAGGAUACGUGCCCAUAAAUUCACUCUGUUUAUCCUCCCUUUGGUAUUUACGUCGCAUCUGUUUAAUGUGGCUCUGAGCUCGAAAGUGUGGGAUGAGGUGCCCUUUCCAGAGGAUUUAGAGGAGGAAAAUGAGCAACUGGGAGAUUAUGUGGACGAUGAAGGAUAUGAUCCUUCAGGAGAUAUUAGUGGAGAAGAAGAUGGCAGCACUCCUGAGCCAAGCUCAACUGACCCAGGCCCUACUGUAACAAUUUACUAUCGGGCACUGGUGAACUUCACAAACUCAUUCCAGUAUGUGCCUGAACUUGAUGACAUCUACUCUAAUGCCUUCAAUGAGAUUUCAUCUGCAGUCGUCGAUACGCUCGAGUCAGACUACAACAGAAUACCAGGGCAGCAGACCGUCAAUGUGGUUCUCAUCAAGAAAAUCGGCAAAGAUGUAUUUGUGGAGUUGGAUGUUGGCUCAGAUAACAACUCUAAUGAAACACAGAUCAGAGAAGUGUUGUUCUCGGUGGUUAAAGAGGGCACCAUUGCCUCUUAUGAUACUUCAGUUGUUGGCUUCCAGUUCAGACGACUUGGAGAAGCUGAUACUCUUCCUCCUGUGGAGUCCAUCUUUAUAUCAGUUAAGCCCAGCCCCAGAGAAUGCACGUCUAAUGAGUUCAGCUGUCAGGAUGGCCUGGCAUGUAUUCCCCGGGAGUAUGUGUGUGACAAACGGCCUGACUGCAAUGACUUGAGUGAUGAGAUAGACUGUGGUGUUGGUGUAGCUCCUUUACGUCCUACUCAACCUACACCUCCCAGACCCAGACCUCCGCCUGGCCCAGGACCUUGCCGUGCAGACCAGGCCACCUGUCAGAACGGACAGUGUAUCUCUCGGGAAUAUCUGUGUGAUGGAGAGUCCGACUGCACUGAUGGAAGCGAUGAGUCCAGAUGCGGAACGCCGUCUCCCUGUGAACCCAAUGAGUUUAAGUGUCAGAAUGGCCGCUGUGCCCUGAAACUGUGGCGAUGCGAUGGAGAUAAUGACUGUCAGGACAAUUCAGAUGAGAUGAACUGCCCUACCAAAAGACCAGGAGCUGCAUGCGCCCCAGAGCAGUUUGUGUGUUUGUCUGACCGCAAAUGCAUUCCUGCCAGUUACCAGUGUGACGAGGAGCCGGACUGUGCCGACCGCUCUGAUGAAUUCGGUUGUGCCCCACCUACUGUGACCGUCUCGCCGGAGGAGUCCAUUACAGCAUCGCGUGGGGACACUGUCACCUUUACUUGUUCUGCUAUUGGUGUGCCCGUUCCCAUCAUCACAUGGCGUCUUAAUUGGGGACAUAUACCAGCCAAUAACAGGAUCACAAUGAUCAGUGAGAAUGGACAAGGAACACUCACCAUUCGAGAUGUGAAGGAAGGUGACCAGGGGGCUUAUACCUGUGAGGCCAUCAAUGCUAAAGGCCUUGUGUUUGCCAUUCCUGACGGAGUCCUCAGCCUCUCUCAGAAACCAAAUCCAGUUGUGUCAUCCUCUCCGUUCAUAUUAGCAGGUAAUUGCCGUGAUGGACACUUUAGCGUGGGCGGCCACUGCAUGCCAUGCUUUUGUUUCGGUAUCACAAAGAAGUGUCAGAGCACCGGUCGAUACCGCAACCAAAUCACACUGCGCUUCACUGAGGAGGAGGACUUCAAAGGAGUCAAUGUGUCUUUUCCUAGUCGUCCUGGCCUUCCUCAGCCUCUCUCCUCAACUCAGAUGUUGAUCAAUCCCGAGACUGAGGAGUUUCAGCUAGUGGAUCUGUCUCGCCGUUUCCUCGAUCAAGACUCAUUCUGGUCUCUGCCUCGCCAGUUCUUGGGCAACAAGGUUGACUCGUAUGGAGGUUAUCUGAAGUUUAAGGUGAGUUACUCACUUCAGCGAGGAGGAUCAGAACCGAAGGUGAGACCUGAUGUUGUGCUGACUGGCAGCGGGCAGAAAUUUAUAUACCGUAGAGGAGAACCCACUUUUCCUGACACAUUCAACAGCAGAGAGAUCAGGUUUACUGAGGAAAACUGGGAGCACUCCAAUGGACGAGCGGUAACUCGCGAUGAUCUCAUGAUGACCCUGGCCAAUCUGGAGAGCAUCCACAUUCGCACCAUUUAUGACAACCGCAUGGCCAGCGUGGGCCUGAGUGACAUCAGCAUGGACACCACCACCAAAGAGUUCAGCCAGCACGGAAACCCAAGAGAAGUGGAGGAGUGCAGAUGUCCUGCCGGAUAUUCAGGGCUGUCUUGUGAGUCCUGUUCUCCUGGAUUUGAGCGGGUUCCUGGACCUUAUUUGGGCAUCUGCGCUGGCUGCAACUGCAAUGGUCAUGCCAGUGCCUGUGACCCUGUUAGUGGACACUGCCUGAGUUGUCAGCAUAAAACUGAAGGAGCUCAAUGUGAAAAAUGCAAGCCUGGAUUCUUCGGUGACCCAAGUCGAGGACAGUACGAUGACUGCAAACCCUGUCCAUGUCCAUACACUGAGACAUCUCGGCGGUUUUCUGACACUUGCUUCUUGGACCAUGACAAUCAGGCCACAUGUGACGCCUGCAGAGAAGGUUACACAGGGCGACGUUGUGAGAAAUGUGCACCAGGAUAUGUCGGCAACCCUCUGCAACCCAAUGGCAAAUGUAUUCCUGCUGCCAGCCCCAUUUCCAAGUGUGAUAACAGAGGAACUAUCAAUCCCAUCAGCAAACCAUGCUAUUGCAAGUCCAAUGUAGCUGGUGCGCUGUGUGACGAGUGUAAGACUGGUGCUUUUCAUCUGACGGCUGAUAAUCCUGAAGGCUGCUUGCAGUGUUUCUGUAUGGGAGUGACUAAACAGUGUGCCAGUUCAACCUGGAGCAGAGAUCAGGUGCGAGGUGGCGUCAAUGGCCAGCUCUUCACCUUAUCCAAUGCAGCCAACACUCGGACCAUCUCUGAGGGCAUCACGCAGAGAGGCAGCACUGAGGUGGUUUACAGAUCCUUCACCAACAUCCAUAAUGACAUCUUCUACUGGGUCCUGCCUCAGAAUUUCAGAGGAGACAAGGUCACGGCAUAUGGCGGAGAGCUGAAGUAUAGGGUUCGCUAUGAGCCUCAUGCCCGCUCGAUGGUCAUUGAUGGACAGCCUGAUGUGGUUCUGCAAGGCAGCGGCAUAUUCCUGGAGCAUUAUUCCCAGAUCAAACCACUACCCAGAGUCCCUGCUACCAUCACUGUGACUUUUAGAGAGUCUGCUUGGAGACGGGCAGAUGGUCAGCCCUGUACCAGAGAGCACCUGCUGAUGGCUCUGGCAGAUAUCAAUGUCUUUAUGAUCAGAGCCACUUAUGCAGACAAUAUGGCUGAGACCAGCCUUUCAAAUAUCCAAAUGGACAUUGCAGUGCCUCAUUCUACAGGAAAUGAGAGGGCUAUGGAGGUGGAGGAGUGUGCCUGUCCUCAAGGAUACUCUGGACCUUCCUGCCAGGACUGUGAUGUGGGCUACACCCGUACACCUGGACUUUAUCUUGGCACCUGUGAGAAGUGCGAGUGCCACGGGCAUGCUAGCAGUUGUGACUCAGAGACUGGAGAUUGCCUGAAUUGCCUGCACAACACAAUCGGACGCCGUUGCGAAAAUUGUAUCUCUGGAUACUAUGGAAAUCCAAAGACUGGCGACCCACAGGCUUGUCGACCCUGUCCAUGUCUGGGACAAACCAGUAACCAGCCUUCAUCUUGUUACUUGGGCUCUGAUGGACAGCCUGUAUGUGAAUGUCCUGCUGGUUAUACUGGAAGGCGCUGUGAAAGAUGCGCUCCUGGAUAUAUUGGCAAUCCCCAACUUGGACAAAGAUGCACUCCAGGGAGCAACAAUGGUGAUUGUUAUCGCUGUGAUCAAAGUGGUAGUGAAGGAUGUAGUGGAACAGGAGUCUGUCGUUGCAAGAUGAACGUUGAGGGUCCAACAUGUUCCUCCUGCAAGCAAGGAACCUUCCACCUUAGUCCAGCUAACAAAGAUGGCUGUCUGUCCUGCUUUUGCAUGGGCGUCACUCAACAGUGCACCAGCUCCCGUCACUACAGGGAUGUGGUUUCCACCAUGUUUUCCCCUGGAAACUACCAAGGUUUUGCUCUUGUAAACCGCCAGCGCACAAACCGCAUUGACAAUGGCUUUUCUGUAGAGCUGUCCACUGAGGGGACACAACUCUCCUACACCAACUUCAACUAUCUCGGACAGGAGCCUCAUUAUUGGCAGUUACCCAAGGCCUAUCAAGGAGACAAGAAGGCUUCCUCUGCUCGGACUAGACGAGCAAACCAGUACCCUGCUGAUGAAGCACGCAAACUUGAUGAUGAAAUCUGGGAAAUCAUCACUAACUUCUCCAAUGGCCAGUCUUCCUUCCCUUUCUCUUCAUCCUCUCAAUCUUCCCAUUCUUCUUCAUUUGAAGCCCAGAAUUCACUGUCUCUAUCAAGUGUGCGUGAUCCUUCUUUCCAUUCUGGUUUAACCUCCCCUUUAAAAGCCUCUGAGUCGCAUUCAAGCGACCCGGCCCAUUCCUCUCAUCCUGACUCCACUCAGCAGGUGGAACAGGAAAAAAACAUCAUUGGUGUCGUUAGAGGUCCAAGACCUGUCCCAUCGAACAAGUAUGUUUUGGUCUACAAUGGGUUCAGUUUGCACCCAGAUGACGUGCUCUUCUGGCAGCUGCCGGAGCCCUUCAAAGGGGAGAAGGUUGGAGCAUAUGGAGGUAAGCUUAAGUACACCAUCUCCUACGUUCCUGGACCUCGUGGUUCUCCAAUAGAGGAUGCUGAUGUUCAGAUUAUUGGUAAUGACAUCACACUGGUGGCACGGCAAAUAUGGCAAAGAGGUCACGGUGCACGGGAGUCACAGGACUUUGAGAUUGUCUUCAGAGAGGAGCACUGGCAGCGUCCUGAUGGCAUGCCAGCGACCAGGGAACACCUGAUGAUGGUGCUGGCGGACCUUGAUGAUAUCUUGAUUCGAGCCUCAUAUCACACAGAGAUGCGUUCGUCCAGUAUUUCUGGUGUCCACAUGGAUGUGGCUGUGCCUGAGUACACCAGCCUGGCUCAGGCUUUGGAGGUGGAGCAGUGCCAGUGUCCUCCUGGGUACAGCGGGCUGUCCUGUCAGGACUGUGCUUCUGGAUACACUCGCACAGGAGGAGGCCUGUACCUGGGUCACUGUGAGCCGUGUGAAUGUAACGGCCAUUCAGACACCUGUCACCCAGAGACUGGCAUCUGCACGAACUGUCAACACAACACCAAGGGUGAGCUGUGUGAACAGUGUGUCGAUGGCUUCUUUGGAGACCCGACCGCUGGGACCCCAGAGGACUGUCAACCAUGUGCCUGUCCCGGCACUGACCCCGAAAACCAGUUUUCUCGUACCUGUGAAAGUCUGGGGAAUGGAGGAUACCAGUGCACCGCCUGUCAGCCUGGAUACCUUGGCCAGUACUGUGAGCGCUGUGCACCUGGUUAUGUCGGAAAUCCACAAGCAAGAGUCCCCUGUCGCAGUGAUGCUGCUUUUCUGGUGGUGAAGGUUUAUCCAGAAAGGGUUCAGGUGGCACAGGGUCUGCCCGUCACUCUUAGGUGCCAGGUGUCUGGAAGUCCUCCACAUUAUUUCCAGUGGUCUCGUGAAGAUGGACGGCCCAUCUCCAGCUCAGCAGAGAGACGCAGACAAGGAGAGGAGCUGCAUUUCCCUGGAAUUCAGUCUAAUGAUGCUGGAGUUUACAUCUGCACCUGUCGAGACCAGCGCAGCUCCAACAGAAGCAAAGCCGAGAUUGUUGUUGCAACUCUACCAUCCAAGCCCAUCGAAGUCUUCAUUGAAGAGCCCAAAGCUCAGAGUGUGAGAGUUGGAUCUACAGUGAGCUUCAUCUGCACAGCCAAGAGCAAGCUGCCAGCUUACACCCUGGUUUGGACCCGCAAAGGCAACGGCAAGCUGCCCAACCGAGCCAUGGAUUUCAAUGGCAUCCUGACCAUUCAGAACGUGCAGCCGGAGGAUGCAGGCAUCUAUGUUUGCACAGGCUCCAAUAUGUUGGGCAUGGACGAGGGCAGCGCUGUCCUCUAUGUCCCAGAGGCUUCUCAAUCACAGAUGUUUUACACAGCCUAUGAGAUGUUUGAAGGACAUAGAAAGCCUGCUGAAGGGGUUCAGCCAGUGGCCACAUUAAGUCCACCUGUGCAGACGGUCAAGGAGGGCGAUGUUGCACAGUUCCGCUGCACAGUCACUGGAAACCCCACACCUGCUGUGGAAUGGAUAGGAGGUUCUGGCAAGCGAAUCAGCUCAAAAGCCGUCAUUCGUAACGGUCAGCUGACAAUCUCAUCUGUGGAUCGCUCGGAUGAGGGCGAGUACAUCUGCAAGGCGCUGAACACACACGGCGAGCACACAGCCCGAGGAGUUCUCCACGUUCAAAGCACAGGUCAACCUAAUGGUCUGCCCCACGUACAAGUGAGCCCUCAGCGGGUGGAAAUUUAUGAGGGUGAGACUUUACGGUUGUACUGCAGGGCCAUUGGUAGUCCCACCCCUUCACUAAAAUGGAAUAAGAGAGGUGGUUCACUGCCACCACAGGCAAUUCCUUCUCACGGUUUCCAUCAGUUUAAAAGCAACAGUCUCGAUGUGUUACAGAGACGUAUUGAGGAGCUACAGGCACGCAUGGACCGCACUGACAUUGGCACUCUCGUGGUACCCAAUAUCAGGUUAUCUGAUGCAGGCACAUAUCUCUGUGUUGGCACCAACGCCGCUGGUUCUUCAGAAGCUCACAUUGAUGUCUCUGUCACAAAAGGUGAAAAUAUCCUCUCCGGAGUCAUUAUUCAGCCCCCUAGUGCUUCAGUAAUUGAAGGAGAGGCUCUAGAUCUCAACUGCCUUGUCCCAGGAACUUCUACAGGAUCAGUCAAAUGGAGCAGGGCAGGCGGGCUGCUGUCAUCAAAUCAUCAGGUUUUGGAGACUCGGCUGCGGAUCCUGCGGGCCUCUGCUGAUGACACUGGAGAUUAUAUCUGUACAGUGGAGAACGGCCCAUCUCCACAAAAGGCCACUGUGUCUGUCUCUGUGACGUCCAGCGCCUCCCUAGGCCUCCAGACUCCCAUUAUCUCCAUUGAGCCGCAUAGUGCAGUGGUGAAGCAGGGCGAAUCGGCGAGCUUCAGGUGCAAGGUUCACAACGGAGCCCAGCCAGUGCGACUGGAGUGGAAACUCACCAAUAACCUGCCUCUGCCAGAUAAUGUAAAGGUGGGUCCUGACAGUUCAAUCAUGACUGUUACAAAUGCCCAGGCGAAAAACCAAGGCACCUACCGCUGUGUGGCCAGCAACUUGUACGGAAUGACUCAUAGCAUCGUGUCACUCAUUGUGAGAGAAUCUCCUAAGGCUGUGGUGACCCCUGCAGGACCAGUGCGAGUCAGGGUCGGUGAUCCCAUUAAUCUUGAAUGCCAGGCCGCUGGAGAGCCAAGACCCUCAGUCAGAUGGCACAGACUGGACAACAAUCGCAAGACAAUGCUGAGCAGCACCGUGCCUGUUGACUCCAGUGCUAUCAUACAGGUGUUGGUUGCUCGACCGGAGGAUAGUGGCACAUAUGUGUGCUCAGCGCAGAAUAACCAGGGCACAACUGAGACUCGAGUGGAGGUGUUUGUAGAAGGAGGCCCUCAGGUGCCAACUGUUCCCCGUGCCAGUGUCCGUGAACCCAUGAUAAUAGUGGUAGAGGGAUCAACUGCCACACUGCAUUGUGAUGCCCAUGGAUUCCCAAAACCCACCAUCACAUGGUUUAAAGAACGCUCGUCUCUUCCUUGGAGACACAAGAUUGUGGACAACAGCCUGAUCUUGCCUAAUGUAGGCCGUCAGGACUCUGGUCAGUACGUCUGCAAUGCCACUAACCAUCUGGGCACCAGUGAAGUCACCAUUAUGCUGGAAGUAGACACCCCACCUUAUGCCACUUCCUUGCCUAAUGACGUGUCUGUGCGCGUGGGUGAAGUAAUCCGGCUGCAGUGCCUGGCCCACGGCACACCACCACUGCGAUAUGAAUGGACUAAAAUCAACGGCAGUCUGCCCUCUACUGCCCAGCUGCAGGGAGGAGAUCUGCAAAUCAACCUGGCCAAAGAAAACGAUGCGGGCACAUACAGGUGUGUGGCCAGCAAUAAGGUUGGCAAGAGCGAAGCACUGGCCAAAGUCUCUGUCCGAUCUUCUCUGUCAGUGAAAGUGUCUCCUCAGGUGGAGGUGAAGGCUCUGGGCAGUGCUGUUGAGUUCACCUGCGCUGCUAAAGGAGGGCUACAGAUUGAGUGGCUGAAGGAGGGAGGAGUCCUGCCACCAAACCAUCACAUUAAAGACGGGAUUCUCAGAAUUGAGAAUCUUGAGCAAAGCAAUGAGGGAAUCUACACCUGCAGAGUUACAAGUCAGUUUGAACAUGCUCAGGACAGCGCCAAACUCCUCAUUCAAGCUCUUCCCAAAGUGAAGAUCAACGUGCGUACAUCAGUGCAGACGGUGAUGGUGGGAAACUCUGUGGAGUUUGAGUGUCAUGCCAUUGGUGACCCCGAGCCCACAGUGCGCUGGAGUAAAGUCGGAGCUCCUCUUCCUGAUCAUGUGGAAAUAAGAGGAAACAUCUUGAGGAUUGAUCAAGUGUUCGAGUCUGAUUCAGGACAGUAUCGCUGCACAGCCACUAAUGACGUGGGCUCAGAGCAUUCACAUGUGGUGCUUAACAUCCAGUCCUUGCCUCAGAUUGCUGCACUGCCUGAGUCAAAGGAAGUCACAAUUGGCUCUGAUGCUGUCCUGCCAUGCAUCGCUUCUGGGUACCCAGUGCCAACUAUUACAUGGUCAAAGGUGGAGAAUGACUUGCCCCCUAAAUGCAGACAGGAUGGCCAUGCACUGACAGUGCCGGUUGUGACUGAAUCAGAUGCAGGAACAUAUGUGUGUACAGCUGCUAACAAACAAGGGAAAGUUGAGGCCUUCACCAGACUCAAUGUUCAUGAAAGAGUGAUGCCCUACUUCACUCAAGAGCCCCUCUCAUACCUUACACUGCCCACCAUCAAAAACUCCUACAAGGCUUUCAGCAUCAAAAUUACCUUCAGGCCGGACAAUGUUGAUGGGCUGAUUUUGUAUGCCGGUAUGAUCAUUUACAAUGGACAAAAGAAGACCACAGGCGCUGACUUCAUAUCAUUUGGGUUGCUAGGAGGACGCCCUGAAUUCAGGUUUGAUGUGGGCUCUGGGAUGGCAACUAUUCGUUACCCUACACCCAUAAAACUAGGCGAGUUUCACACAGUUCACCUGUACAGGAAUCAGACUCAGGGCUCUCUGGUUGUGGAUGGUCAAGCUCCUGUAAACGGUACCUCACAGGGAAAAUUCAAGGGCCUGGAUCUAAAUGAGGAGCUUUUUGUUGGUGGUUAUCCAAACUACAGCAUGCUUGCUAAAACUGCAGGCCUCAAAACUGGCUUUGUUGGCUGUAUCAAACAACUAAUUAUCCAAGGCGAUGAGGUCAUUUUCAAGGAUCUUGAUAAAAGUUCGACUGGAGUUUCGAAUUGUCCCACCUGCAAGGAUCGCCCAUGUCAGAACGACGGCACGUGUGAGGACUCUGUGGCCAGCCUCUACAAAUGCACUUGCAAGAGAGGAUUCACUGGGAGCAAUUGUCAGCAUCACUCGUCCUUGCACUGCCACACAGAGGCCUGUGGACCUGAUGCCACCUGCAUUAACCGGCCCAGUGGUUUGGGCUACGACUGUCGCUGCCACUUGGGCAAGUCUGGAAACAAGUGCAUGGAUGGUACUCUAAUAACGACACCACUGUUUGACGGAGAAGACUCUUAUAUCGCAUAUCCUCCUCUCACUAAUAUUCACAAUGACCUCCGCAUUGAGAUGGAGUUCAAGCCCAUGGAUCCAGAUGGCCUGAUGUUCUUCAGCGGUGGUAAAAAGAUGAAAGUGGAGGACUUUGUGGCGGUGUCUAUGGUGAAUGGCCAUGUCGAGUUCAGAUAUGAGCUUGGCACAGGUCAAGCUGUUCUGCGCAGUCAGGAGCCUGUGUCUCUUGAUCAGUGGCAUCGUGUGGUGGCUGAACGCCUCAAUAAAGACGGGUCUUUGACGGUGGACCAUGCAAAAGAAAUCACCAGAUCUUCUCCAGGCAAAGCCCAGGGCCUUAAUAUCCACACACCAAUGUAUCUGGGAGGAGUUCCCAGCAUGGACAUCUUGCCCAAACCCGCCAACGUCAGCAUGCUGUUUGAUGGAUGCAUAGGAGAGGUGUUCAUCAAUGGAAAGAAAGUGGAUCUGUCAUACAGCUUUACUGAGAGCAGAGCCAUCAGCCAGUGUAAUGAUGACAGCCCGUGUGACCGCAGGCCUUGUCUGCACGCUGGCACCUGUAUGGCCACUGCUGAAUAUGAGUACCAGUGUUUCUGCGCUGAGGGCUAUGAAGGUGACCGUUGUGAAAUAGUGAAGGAGUCCUGUCGACACUCGUCCCAGUGCCAAAAUGGAGGCAGCUGUGUGAACAACCACUGUGUGUGUCCUGCAGGAUAUUCAGGCCGACACUGUGAGAAAGGGCAGGAGUCCAGCUUCAGCGAGGCCAUGUGGAGUUUGGAGGGUAGUGGGGGAAAUGACUCUCCUAUCGAAUAUUCCGCAUAUUUCCAUGACAAUGGAUAUCUGGCACUUCCAAAACCUAUGUUCCCACGAAGUGCUCCUGACUCUCCAGAGACCAUUGAGUUAGAGAUCAACACUGCCUCAAAGGACGGCCUCAUCCUGUGGCAGGGAGUGGAGUCUGCAGGUGCUCUAAACCUCCAUAAGAAGCAUGCUAAUAUAAAGGAACUUGGAGAUCAAGGCAAGGGAAAGGACUUUAUAAGUCUCGGUUUACAAAAUGGACAUCUUGUGUUUAGUUAUCAGCUGGGCAGUGGAGAAGCUCAGAUCGUGUCCGGAGAGCCUGUCAAUGACAGACAGUGGCACAAGAUCACUGCAGUCCGAACCGGUAAGCAUGGCUAUCUUCAGAUUGAUGGAGGAUCUGUCCAACGAGGACAAUCACAAGGCAAAAGCAUCAUGGUGAAUACCAAGGGCAACAUAUACCUGGGUGGAGCUCCUGACAUGCAAGCUUUGACCGGAGGGAAGUAUUCAUCAGGCAUGACAGGCUGUGUGAAGAACCUGUCGCUGAUGAACGCUCGACCAGGAGAACAGCCAGCGCGACCCAUAGACCUGCAGGUUCACGCAGAAGAGGGCAUCAAUGUAGAGCGCUGCUUAACAUAAGCACAGUACUAAAACACUACCAGAGACUACAGAAAAGAAAAACCCUCAUCCACAGUCACACUGAGUAUCCUGCAUUUCUCAGACACUCACAGGACGACAGUCACACUUUAAGAGACACACUCUGACAUGUGUUUCUUAACGUUUCACCGCAACCAAAAACACACACAGGAAAGAAAGAAAGGAUUUUUUGCUCUGUUCUGCGUUAAACCAAAAAGAGAAAGAGGAAAAUUAACGAUAUUAACAAGUCUUCAACUUUUCAGUGUAUGCUCAAUGAAGGACUUAUUAACACGGAAGCUCAGUUUAUAUACUCCGAACAGAAGCUUUUUAGCCAUGACAAGAAAAGAGAAAGAAAUAAUAGUUAUAAUGAUAAACAUGAUGAGCCUUCUAUGGUGGGUCAGAUCCUAUGGAAUCGGAGAUGUUUUACAGCACUGAAUUUUUAUUUAUAAGCAUAUUAAUCUAUCUAUAUAUAUUAUAUUUGUGGGGGAAAUGCAAAGCUAACAAUAACCUGCUCAUUUGUUGAUUCUAGGCUCUAAAAUUGCGUGUCUGAGGUUUAGUACUGAGCUGUGUUCAUACUUGAAGACUCUGCUGCCUUCUUUUACUCUGUAUGAGGGCUGAUGGGGGCGAGCAUGCUGAAGGCUGAAAUAUACUUCUGUUUUUAUUCAUACGCUAGCAUGUGCGCACAGUUGAACACACACAGCCUUUCCAAGCAAACACACAAGCUCAAUGUUUGCAUGAUUGAAUAUUCAGUAUUGUCUGCACUUUUUCUUCACUCUAGAAAUGAUGAAAUGUCUUCAUACUUUUUCUUGUUCAGUUUUUCCUGACUGUGAAUUAAUGGUCCGGUUUAGUAAUGUCAUCUUGUGGACAAACAAAGUAGUGCAAAAAUAUUCAAAACACGUGAGAUUUGCUUACCUUGUAUUGUUUGGGUAAAAAAUGAGCACAAAAUUCACUUCGCAGUUCAUACGCAUACUGUUGCGCACAUGUAAAAACUGAAGUAUAUUUUGGGUUUAUGAAAGGUGAUCGGGGUCAAAAGUUUAUACAUUUUUCUUUUUCUUUUUUUAAAUUUGAUCAUUUCAUUGCUUCAGUUUGAUGAUGUUAGUGUGGCGGUAUUGAACAUAUUUAUAUAUAUAUAUAUAUAUAAUAUCACUGAAAUCACAUACCAAAUAUCAUCGCAACAUCUAAUAUUUACAUACCUGUUUACCAUCACAAAAUACUUUGUGAAUAAACAUGACAUCUGAUGUUGUAUCAUCACAUUUGCAUAUUUUUAAUUCAGGGGCUUUUUAAAUGACAAUGUUUUUAACUAAAAAUGAGCAUGUUUUAUGCCUGUUUGUUUACAUGAUAACUUAAGUUACAAGCUUUUAUGGUGACUGAAAACACAUAAAUCACGCAAAGUGGACGUUUUUAAAAACGAAGCCAUUUUCAUGUCAGUGUAAACACCUGCAAAUGGGAGUUUUUGAAAACAAUGACGCAGUUAGAGUGUGUAUUAAGUGUUUAGGGUGAUUAAGAUUAAAAGCUAGCACAAAAACACACAACAGUGAUAUGCUGUGUUCACCCCAGACGUGGAAUGCACAAAUAAAUCGCUCUAUUCUUGCAUAAAUAGACGCAUGAACAUUUUAAGUUUGCUCGCUUAAUUCGUGUGUCAAAUUCGCUUCAUUUGCUCACCAAAUUCACUCACAAUAUAUGUUGAUUGUUGUCAUGGGCAGGGCAUCAUGUUCCCAUUGACUCUAGCUUCAUUGCUAAAUGGCUAACAUGGAUUUUAUCGAGAGAAUAGCUGUGUUUAUGUGCUUUAGGAAGGCUGAUAAACAGCGUCGAUUCGCUUGGCGCUGUGUCUGAGUCUACUAGAUCCAUUCAGAGGUGCACCCAGCUCUGUGAGUUCAUCAACUCCUCCAGAAACUGUACCAGGAUGAUGGAAGCUUUCUGCGGUGCUUCUGACUGAGCCAAGCACAGUUUUAUGAACUGUUGUCCCGUGUCGGCAAAGAGAAUUUUCCACAAAAACACCAACAGCAGGCAUUAUGUCAUAAUUACGUCCCUACACUAAAAGGUUCCUGAUUAGUUCACAAGGUGCGAAUGUCCGCUGAAGUUAAGAUUUUCCAAAUCGAUAUACACGUUAAGUGCAUGAAACGUGCAAAACGCUCAACUCCACUGCUUCAUUCACGGAAAUCGCAUCAUUCACGUAAAACACACCGUAGGAUGUCUAUUCGUAUCUUUGUAUUGACUUAACAUGUAAAUCACUCUCGCUUGAGGCUUCAUCCGCGUCUGGUGUGAACAGAACCCUGGUAGUGUUGUUGUUCAAGUGCUUCCUAAUGACUCAUCAGCAAAAUGUCGAUUUACUUUACAUUACAACCAAUAGCAGAGACAUGUCAUAUACACAUACCCACCCACACACAUCCGUGCAGAUAUGCCUUCGACUGCACAACGUCACUUUCCUACAGGUACUGUUUACUAAAAAGCUCCAAAAUCCAGCCUGGCAUAUGUAAUACAGUGGUUUUGAUUGUUUUGAAAACAUUGUCCUAUAAAUGUGAAACUUUAAAACGGAAGGGAACAUCUUUUCCGUUUUUUGCUACGUCGUUGUCAUGUAAACAUAGCCCUAGUCUAAUGGAUGCUCAUUGGCGCAAUCAGUUUUAUGGUGUUUCAAGACGUUUUGGCCUCAAUCACCUUCCAUACUGAAUGGCUUUCUGUGAGGUCACAGCAAAGAAGACAUCAAGAUGCAUCUCAGGUGAAGAUUGUUGCUAAAGAUACAAAUUGGGAGAUCAUACACUGUGUAGACUGUGUAUGUUUAAUAUGUUAUACCUUCCAUGCUUGGUAACAUUGUGUCUGGUAUCAAAAAUGAAACAUGGUGCUAAAUUCAGACAUGACAAAAGCAACAAAACAAGCGCAUAACUACAGCUUUGGUGUUUUGUAAUAUUUCUCCUCUGGAUGGGUCUCGUUUGUUGUAAUUAAAGCCACAGCUUUACAAUAAAGUAAAAUAUUGUUUACUGAUUACAAUCCCUCAAGCCAAAGUGCGGAGAAGUAAAGUUUAUUUUAGUAAAUUGUAGAUUUUUCUUUAAUUGGUGAUGUUUUUUUUCAUGAGAGGACUAGAAUUAUUGUUACGUUUCAAGUAGUGGAUCUCAGAUAUUCGGUAAAAAUCACAUUGCAGUUUCAAAUGUUGUUUAAAAUGUCUUUUAUGUGUUGUCUAUUGCUCACAGUUUUGUUGUUAACAGCCUCACUAACACAUUAUUGUGCAUGAUGUAUUUGUGUAAAUGGAUUUACUGAGGUGUCAUUUCAUUCAUAUUAUGGAGGAGUCUUACAUGGUGUGCAAUGAACAAAAAGACUUCAUGGAAAUGAUGGCAUCCCUUCAGGGUGAUUUGCUCAAUAGUUGAGUACAGGAAAUGACUGGGUGAUAAUGAGAUGGUCCGAAAUGAAGGAAUGAAAGAACAAACUGGUAGAUCAAACAGAAUAGAUGAACUGCUUAGUGAAAGAUCUCUUUUAUUAGUGCUGUGACUUAGAGCUGUAAUGAACAUGCUCGCCCGCAUGGGCCAGACAAGGGUCAGAGGUCACUUUGGCUCCUGUGUGUCUUUUUCACUGUUUUAUAUGACUAAGCCUUGUUUGUUAAUUUUCUUUUAAACAAAAAAGGAGCAUUACUGCUUAAUUAAAGUUGCUUCACCUUUAUUAUUUUCUGAUUCUGUCUUUUGUCAUCAUUGAUUUGCAAGCCUGAAAAAGGCUUCAAAGCAUAUUGUUUUUCGCAUUGUCAACUGCUAUACUUAUUCUGUGUGUUUUUGUUUUCAUAUUGAGAUUUCAGAGGACAUCAAGACUGAGGAAGCAGAGGAAUCCAGUUGUAAUUUUAGGGUGUGUCUAGUCUGCCCAUUUACCCUAGUAGCUAUACAUGACUUUUUGACUUCAGUGUUUGGCAGGUUGGAAGCCAUUUUCAUGUCAGUAAUGAUUGUAGGAUUUUUCUUGAAAGAUGAGUAAAGGUUCUAAUGUAAA